ACUCAACCCCACCACCUCAGUCUGGAGUGGGGUGGUCAGUAGAAACGGAACGGGAAGUUCCAGCCCAUGUUUGGAAAUGUUCCCUCGGGGGCGCUGUCUUGUUGCCGAAAGAAACCGCUAGAUUGUGCUCCAAGGAACCUCGAGCUUUGAAGGUGUCAAAAUCAGAUCUCUCCUGCGUUAGAUCAGUAUUCUUACUAUGGCGCAAGCGAAAAUACACGCGAAGAUGAAUGAAGGGAAAGAAGGAAAAUUUAGCAGAUCGAUGUCAAUGGCAGAUCGGUCAGGACGGCUUUUAGAAACUUUGGAUGCACUAGAGAUGAGGGUGGAGUCUUUACGAGAAGCUGCAACGUCUAUGGAGCAGGAGAGAGAGUUCUUACUGGAAACAAUCCAGUCCCUACAGAACAGUCAAGAAAUGCGCACCAUAUGUGAUGGAGAGAGAGAAGAACUGUCUCUAACUGCCAAUCGCCUGCUGAACAGAACUCUUACUGUGGAGGUCUCAGUAGGUACCUUAAGAAACCCCCAACAAGAGGAGGCGUUAAACAAGGCCACUGCACUGAUCGACGCGAUAGUAGCGAAGUUGCUAGAUGAUAUGGAUAGUUCCAGAAAGGGUCUUUCGGCCCUGCUCGCAGCGUGCGUCACUGAGGCGCCGGCUGUCCCCAUUGAUCAGAAAUUCCAGACCAUCGUGAUAAGCUGCGCCUUGGAGGACCAGAAGAAGAUCAAGCGGAGGCUCGAGACUCUGCUGAGGAAUCUGGACAGCGCCGAGAAGAACAUCAAGAUCAUGGAUCACCAGAAAGUUCAGGACAAAACCGCUGCCAAUGGCCGGUUUUAAACCAAAAUAUCACAAGUACUUAUUUAAUAGGUUUCCAUUAUAAUCCCUAUGCAAAGACCAGACCAAGCCACGUGUAGCACUUAGAUGGCUUUUUCAGCAUAUUUUCCUAAUGUGUCUUUUUUCUAAAUACAGUUUGUCAUUAAUAUCAGAUGCAGUUUGCCUGACAGACCCAAUUGAGCAUAGACAUAGUUGCACACCAUGAAGGAAUUCCACAUGCAAAUGUGAUGAACAUAAAUAUCGUACACAACAAUUAUGUCCUCAGUAAUACAUGUCUU